AUGUUUAAUUUAUGUUUAAUUUAUAAUGUGCAGCACCAACUGGAAGAGAAGGGAUAUAAAGGUUAUACUCUGAAGGAAGUUAUCAACAUUAAAAAGCUAUGUUAUAAAUAUAAACAAGAAAAAGCAAAGCGAUCAGGAAAUGGUGCAUGUAAAAAGUGGAAGUUUUUUUAUGAUAUUGACUUACUUUUGACAACAAGACACACAAUGUCAACUCCAGUUAUUGUUGUUGACACACUGGCAGAAGAUAAGUGUGAGAUGGAUAAUGGACAAGUAGAAGAGUUGGAUAACAGAUCUGAUCCCAGUAUUUGA